AUGGCAUCAGAUUGCAGACCUGGUUAUCUUGGACCAAACUGUUCACAUGAAUGCAGAUACCCAAACUAUGGUUAUGACUGUCAAAAUAAUUGUGCCUGCAACGAAGAGAUUUGCAAUCCUGCAUCUGGAUGUCCGAAAGUAACAGAUUCAUUUCUUCGUAUGAAUCAUUCACGGGAUUCAACAAUGGGCACAAAUAAGGCUGAAGUCAGUUCAACAAUAAGAAAGACGGAAGGAAUAACAGAAAAUGUGAAACCAGAAAUCCAUCCGUCAAAGAUGCCACCUCUUCAAAAGGAAGCAGACAUUUUACGUAUUUGCAUAGUCGUAGCCGGAACUGUUCUUUUCUCUCUGAUCGUCGUUCACAUUCGAUUAAGUGUUCGCCAUUAUCUAACAACAUGUACUGCAGCCAAUGAGCGGAACAGCCUAUAUUAA